GAAGUCCAUCAGUUGAGGGGGCGGGGAGGAGGAGAGUGUAUGUAUGCGGGUUUGAUCUCUGCUCUCUCACUCCCUCCCUGACUAACUCAGGUCAGCACGUAUUCUACUGAACGGAUUCCUCCAUACCUCUCGUAUAGCCAUGAAGCUGCCUGUCCCUGUCCUCCUGUUCCUUUGCCUCUCUCUGGUGCCCGUGUCCUCCCAGGAGGCAGAUCAAGCUACUCCCGCGCCACAACAGACCCUCAACAACACAGAGGAGGAUUCAGACUGGGGCAUCGGGAGCGUUCGGGGCGGCUUCGAGGCAGUCAGUGGAUACUUCGACUCGUUCCUGGAGCUCCUGGGGGGGCGCAAUGGGGUCUGCCAGUACCGCUGCAGAUUUGGAAAGGCUCCCCUGCCCAGGCCAGACUACAAGAUCCCUGAGCCCAAUGGCUGCAGUUCCUAUUUCCUGGGACUCCAGGUACCAGAAACUCUUGACCUGGGCAUCCCGGCUAUGACCAAGUGCUGUAACCAGCUGGACCUCUGCUAUGACACGUGCGGCGCCAACAAGUACCGCUGUGACACCAAGUUCCGCUGGUGCCUCUACGGGAUCUGCUCUGACCUCAAGAAGAGCUUGGGCUUUGUGUCAAAGGUCAAAGCCUGUGAGUCUGUAGCAGACACCCUGUUCAACACGGUCUGGACGCUGGGCUGCAAACCAUUCAUGAACAGCCAGAGGGGGGCUUGUAUCUGUGACGAGGAGGAGAAAGAGGAACUGUAAACCCAAGGACAGUCGUGCCAGUGCCGGAGAGACAUUCCUGCAGCACCAGCACAAGAUAGAACAUGAAAUAAUACAAUAAUACAGUACAAGAACACUUGUAUUACAGCACAUCUUGAUCUAAGAAUAUUCCACAACGUUAAAACCGUUCUACACAGAGACCAGCGCAGUCAAAAACUAGAUUAAAUGGCCAUGUCUACAGUUGUGACCAAACUAUGGAUUUCUGUGAUUGUUGCGAUGCUGGGUCUUCUUAAGGAGUGCUGACCAAUUCCAGCCAAUCAGACUUUCAAAUUCUUGGGCCUAUAGACUCUUAAUAAAAUAUACAACAGACAUGGAGCUCUGUGGCUCCUAAGGGGCAAACUGGUCUUUUGUAUAGCAAGAAUAAAACACUGAUCCUAGACUCAAUAACAAACGACACAAUGACACAUCAGGGGCUCUAACAGCCUGCUGGGCUGGUAAGUCACCUGAAUCAGCCUCUUCAUAUUGCUUUCUUGUUGCUGUAGUCUCGCCUUCAUGCUGUUUGCAAACAAAUUUAGCUUAAAUGUGUCAUUAUUUAUUUGCUUGGACUUGUAUGAAAUGUAAACCACAUUGUGCUGGAUCAGACUGCAGGAAAGUAGGUUUUUUUUUUUUUUUUUUUUUUUUUUUUUUUUUUUA